ACAAUGAACACGUGUUAUUUCCUACAGCACCUUAACGCAGCAUGAGAAGAGCCGUCCUGCGCCAGGUCAGAGAAACACCUUCAGGGUUUUCAUCUCGUCUUUGAGCAUCUUUCGUACCCAUGAAAACAGCACACGGACAGAUGUGCGCUACUUUACUUCCCCUCGCGGUUUUCUACAAACUCUGGAAGUCGGUUUACUUUGUUAGAGCAGAAGGAGCCCACGCUGGAGCCCAGAUGUUUUUAGUUUGACCCUCUGUCUGCCUCCUCGGUCAGCGUCUUCAAACGAUGCUGAGAAGGAUGUUGAUGACGAGGAGGCUCCUCCAUGUGAAGGGAGACGUGAUGUGCACAGUUCUGCUGCUGGUGCUGUUCUGUUUCCUGCUGUAUGCCCGACACGUUGUGCUCUCCUCUGGAUGGGAUAGACCUGUGUGGAAACUGCACAUCCACGGCUCCACCAGCCCCAGUCGGACCCUGCUGGGAGCCACUGGAGCUAAAGUGGGCCAGGACUUUCAAGGGGCGUUCCCGUCCAGGGCUUCAGGGGUCCAGCCGCCUCCAUGUAAAUCCCAGUCCAGGUCGAAACCUCCCCAACCCAAAUCCAAGUCUAAGGGCAAAUCCAAGCCACGAAGGAAGAACGCUGUGCCGACCAAGACUGCGGCCAAUCCCCUACCCACGAUGCCACCUUUCGACUUUGAGGCUUAUCUGAGAGAAAAGGACAACAGAAACUUCAAGCUACUCAUAGACCAGCCAGAAAAAUGUCACAUCAGAGGAGCAGAGGAACAAGGAGGAGGGUCUAACAAUGCCCCUUAUAUGCUCAUUGCAGUGAAAUCCAUAGCAGCAGAUUUUGAUAAACGUCAGGUAGUACGCCGGACGUGGGGUAAGGAGGGACAUUUUGAAAAUGGCGUGUCCAUCCGCACAGUUUUCCUCUUGGGUGUUCCCAAGAAUCGAACCACUCUGCCUCUGUGGGAUCAGCUCCUGUCCUACGAGAGUCAAACCUAUAAGGACGUCCUGCUGUGGGAUUUCGAAGACACCUUUUUCAACCUGACGCUAAAAGAAACACACUUUCUGAACUGGAUCAACAGCAGCUGUCCUCGUGUCAAGUCAGUGUCGAUUAAUCGAGCCGACUUAAGUUUUGUUCGGUGCUCGGCUUACGUUUAUCUCGUCUUAUCCAGGUUCAUCUUCAAAGGUGAUGCCGAUGUGUAUGUUAAUGUGGAAAACAUACUGGAAAUGCUACGAGGUCAACAGCCAGACGAGGAUCUGUUUAUCGGUGAUAUUAUUAUCCGUGCUAAACCCAUUCGCCGGCGCACUUCCAAAUACUAUGUGCCAGAGUUUUUGUACGGAGGGGGUCUGUACCCCGAUUAUGCUGGCGGAGGAGGGUUCGUUAUGUCGGGACACACAGCUCGGAGACUGAGCUCUGCCUGUCGACAGGUGGAAUUGUUCCCCAUCGACGAUGUCUUUCUGGGAAUGUGCCUCCAGCUGAUCGGCAUCAAACCAUCGCGACAUCAGGGCUUUCGGACCUUUGGAAUUCCCCGACCGUCAGCAGCUCCUCACCUUCAGACGUUCGACCCUUGUUUUUACAGAGAACUCAUGGUUGUUCACAGCCUCAGCGUCCCCCAAAUCUGGCUCAUGUGGAACCUCCUGCACGACCCCAAACUGAGCUGCCACAACAGGACCAGCCGGACCCCCCGGCCUUUUAAAUGGAGGGGGGGGCUGGGCUCGAUGGUGGGGGAGGAGACGGACUACGAUGAGAAACGGGUGUUCGUCUCACAUUAGUGACCCUACAAAAUGGUCAUAGCACGAGACUGGAAAGGCUCGUGAGGCGUUCAAAAGCGCAGCUGAGUCAUAUGAGACUUUAUACAAGCUGGCUGGCAGUCGUGGGGGAAAUGAACUGACGAAGGCCAAAUGUGUUCCAGAUUAUUGAGAAAGAAAGCCCCGAGGGGAUUUUAGUUUGACAUCAGAGCCCCAUUUGUCUUUUCACACUGUGGCUGUGAACAGUUGGGACUUUUAAACCUUAAUGUAUUGUUUACAGUGUUUAUGUCCAUACAGUUCCACGAGAACAACCAAAGAAAGUGCGGUUAGCUGGUUUAACCCCAUUUGCUUGAAGUUGUCACGUUGUUAACAUUCAGACUGUGGACAAGACUGGAAAUGACUUUGUGUAGUGGGAAGGCAGCAGGGAUUUUUAGAGAUGCCCCUCUCUUCUUUGUAACGCUGCCCAGAGGCGCCAAUGGACGGUCGCAUUAUCUGUUCCCCGGAGGAGCAGCAAAUCAAGUCUAAACAGAAACCAUCUGCAUGAUGCAAACCAAAUGGGACCAAGGCUCACUGAAACAUGCACACUAACUAAACCUCUGCCGAAGUUUGGGCGUAUCCCGUUUCCUGAAUCUCAGAGUAAUCUGCCAAAGUUCACACAUGUAUACAGAUCACAUUUAUGUCCGUUAAAACGAAAUAAACAAUCUCGUGUUCUCUGGACUUUAGUAGAAUUUGCCUGUUUUUGCCAUGUUGUGUAAGAUUAGUCUAGAAUAUUAUGGCUGAUAUGGUCCUCAUAAAGACAGACGAAGCAAACAUGGACGGGACAGCACUGAGGUUCAGUAUUUAGUGUGGCAGACUUCAGCAAAGUGGGUUUUGUUUUCGAGGUAUAUUGUAACCCUGUCAUUACUCGUUUGACAUUUCAGUGGGUCGAGAUAAGACAAACAAAACCAAAUGUUCAACCAGCUUCAUCAGAUACUUACAGGCGAUGUUGAUAAACACACAACAUCGGCUGAUCUGUCUCUCUCUGAUAGGUCAACCUGAAUGCAUGGAUAGUUAGACAGUUCACCUGAAAGAGGUUUGCAGGGGAGAUCUGAUACGGGUGAAAAUGCAUGAAUACAGGCUGAGUUCAAGUUCCAAACCUAGUGUGCUAUCAUCGUGCUAUCACAGCGAUAAAUCCCGCUCUCUUGGAAAUGCCAAGACUUCUUUUAGCAUUAUUUUCAUUAUAAAGGUUUUAUUUCAGUCAUCAGCAGCACUUCAUAAUGGUACACUAUUAAGCAUUAGUAUGGUGUUAGCGAGUGUUUAAUUCAUCAUCUCAUGACUCCUCCGUAGUACGUCUUUUAUAAACACGUUUAUCCAUCUGUUACAGCAUGUACAGAUAUCACUGCUACUACAUCACUACUAGUAACAAUCAAACAUAGUUAUAAAAAUAUAUCUGUAUUUAUAAAUGGCAUACCGAGGAUGGGUGAUGAAUUUAGCAUUUUCUAAUAUCCAUCUAUACAGACGGAUAAAAGAAGACAGGAAUUUAAAUUAGGACUUCCACUGGUCAACUGGUUUUCUGUGGGACACACAAACUUUUGAAUGAUGUGUUAUGUGCAAUGAAGAGGACAAAAUUCUUAUUUGUAAUCCAUCUUUGAGUUUAAACUUGGGGAGAAAAAAGUAAAAAACCUCUCGCUAUUUUCGACAUCCAUAUUUUUUUAUUAUUUUUUUCAUAUCCUGGUUGCACAAACAGAAAAUGAACUUUGAUGUCAGUCAGCAGUGAGAAUUCACUUUCAUUCAAGUCCAAAUGGUGCGUUGGAGUCCUAGGAGACGGCACAUCUCAUCAUCAUCGCGAAACAGCAUCAAAGUGCCAGAGCGAAGCUUUCAGUCCUUCUCGGUAACUCGCUACGUUAUUGCCUUUUUUCCUGUGGACAUGCUUUGUUAAUCUACCUGUUUCUUCAUACACAAAGUUAUAGUAUUCAAAAUAUAAAAUGCCACAUUGCCAUGAAUUUUACAAGUUUAAUUAAGUAUACCAGCUCCAUUUCCAGAAAUGGGCUUAAUGCACGCACACACACACACACACACACACACACACACACACACACACACACACACACACACCACCAAAAAUAUUCUGCAGGGAGUAAAGGGGGGGGGGGGGGGGGGGAAACAACAGAACAAAU